CGGGCGGAGACGCCGGAAGUCGAGCGGAGACGCCGGAAGUCGGGCGGAGACGCGGGAAGACGGGCCGCGGCCUCCGGGCCCCUGUCGGAAGCGGGUCGCCAGCGCUGUGGUUCUUCGCAGACGCAGCCGGCUUUGGGGUUCGGGCUGCGCGGCUGCCACGGAGUGUUCCGAGGCGCUCGCGAACGCGUCUGCGGGCCACAAUGUCGCACCCGUCACCCCAGGCUAAGCCGUCCAACCCCAGUAACCCCCGAGUCUUCUUGGACGUGGACGUCGGAGGGGAGCGAGUUGGUCGAAUUGUCUUGGAAUUGUUUGCAGAUAUUGUACCCAAAACUGCAGAAAAUUUUCGUGCAUUGUGUACAGGAGAAAAAGGCAUUGGACCCAGCACUGGGAAACCUCUACAUUUCAAAGGAUGUCCUUUCCAUCGUAUUAUUAAGAAAUUUAUGAUUCAGGGUGGAGACUUCUCAAAUCAGAAUGGGACAGGUGGAGAAAGUAUUUAUGGUGAAAAAUUUGAAGAUGAAAAUUUCCAUUAUAAGCACGAUAAGGAGGGAUUACUGAGCAUGGCAAAUGCAGGCCGCAACACAAACGGCUCUCAGUUCUUCAUCACGAUGGUUCCGACUCCUCACUUGGAUGGCAAACACGUGGUGUUUGGCCAAGUGAUUAAAGGAAUGGGUGUGGCAAGGAUUCUGGAGAAUGUGGAGGUGAAAGGUGAAAAACCUGCCAAAUUGUGCGUGACUGCCGAUUGCGGAGAACUGCAGCGCAGGGAUGAUUGGGGAAUGUUCCCCACGGAUGGAUCUGGUGACAGUCACCCAGACUUCCCCGAGGACGCAGACGUAGACGCAAAAGACGUAGAUAAAAUUUUAUUAAUAACGGAAGACUUGAAAAACAUUGGAAAUACUUUUUUCAAAUCCCAGAACUGGGAGAUGGCCAUUAAAAAAUACACAAAAGUUUUAAGGUACGUGGAAGCCUCGAAGGCUGCUACUGAGAACGCAGGCGGAGCAAAGCUGCAGCCUGUCGCUUUGAGCUGCCUGCUGAAUAUCGGUGCCUGCAAACUGAAGCUGUCCGACUGGCAGGGAGCAGUCGACAGCUGUUUGGAGGCCCUUGAAAUAGAUCCAGCAAAUACCAAAGCACUGUACCGUAGAGCCCAAGGAUGGCAAGGACUAAAAGAAUACGACCAAGCACUGGCUGAUCUUAAGAAAGCUCAGGAGAUAGCACCAGAGGAUAAAGAUACUGCAGAACGCCUGUUACAGGCCAGGCUCCAGUCACGCUGCAGAAAGCACAAGUCAGGGUCGCUGCCUUCAGCUUACACUCCAGCCGCUUUCCACAUGUCUGAAGACUGUUUUCUCUGCUGUCCUGUAAUUCUAGAUGGAAGAGCAGCAUUAGAAGACACAGUAUUUAGGGCGAAUUUAGUGUUUGGGACCAUGUCUUAAGCUGAACGUGGCCAUGACCUAAGUAUUCUAGCUACUGAAUAUGUUUUAGGAAAGGUUUGGAAAGCUGUGACAAAAAUAAGCCUGUUUUUCAGGUAAACCAAGUACAAAUGGUGAUUCUAGGUCUAGAUGUGGAAAUAGGUCUUUGGGGAGGCACUUCAGUGGGGUCCCCCCUCUGAUGGGCAAAGGCACAUCUGUGUGUAAUUCAGUUCUCUCGGUGGACAGUCUCCUAAAGUUGUGCUCUGUGGUUUUUAUGUUUGGUCGCUUUCUCCAAGUAAAA